AUGACUACCCCUAGCAUCACGUUGUAUCUGGACAUUGUCAGUCCGUUCUCCUACAUUGCAUUCCAUGUGCUGAGACAUUCUCCCGUUUUCGCUCGAUGCAAUAUCACCUAUGUCCCCAUCUUCCUGGGCGGAUUGAUGAGCGCCUGUGGCAACACGCCACCGGUCAAGAUCAAGAACAAGGACAUAUGGAUUAACCAACAACGACUUCGUUGGGCUCGCGCAUUCUCUGUUCCCAUGUCGGAGCGUCUGCCCGAGGGCUUUCCGGUGUUUACCCUGACCACGCAGCGGGCGCUCUGUGCGAUUUCCGAGAAGCGUCCAGACCAGCUCGCUCCAGCCAUUGAGGCGCUGUAUCGCGCCUUUUGGUUAGAUGGGGUCUCAAAGAUUGGACAGCCGGAGGGAUUCGGGCCGGUGUUGGAGAAAGUGCUUGGGCAAGCCGAUACACAGGAGAUUUUGCAAGCUGUGAACCAAACGGAGGUCAAAUCACUUUUGACGUCAAAGACUGAUGAAGCGUUCAAGUCGGGGGCGUUCGGCCUCCCCUGGUUUGAAUGCACCAACGCUAAGGGCCAGACUGAGGGAUUCUGGGGGAUCGAUCACCUGGGGCAGGUGGCUGAUUUCUUAGACUUGAGCCGACAGACAGACAAGGGGUUUAGGUCGCUGUUGUAA